GGUGCCUGCACUGGAACUCUGGGACUGGAAGCUUCCGCAGUACCGCCCCACUCAAAUCUCUCGACACCUGUCCUCUCGGCGUGAUCUCGCUCACUCGUGGGCUCGUGGCGACAACUGGGCGACCGACGCCGAUGCCAAUUGCCAAGUGCCCUGGUCUUGAUCGGUCUCUUCGCCAGGUCUUCGCCUCCAGGCCUUAGUCGGGCCCUUCGCCGGCGACGAGCACCGCCAGGCAUGCACACCACAUGCUCUCCCAUUCCUGCUGCGCGGAAUUGAGUUCGCUAACCCUAACCUACACUAUUUGGCUGUAUUCGUAUCUGAUUUAUAAUUACAAGUGUAUACAUGUAUUAUUCCUACUAACCUACAGUCUCUCUUGCAAACAUUAUUGAAUGUAUAUGUGUACACCCAUGCCCUUUACCAGGUCCGCCUCUGGCUGUAAGUGUAAGUGUGUGAUGUUUUGCUUGCCUGAACAUGUUCUGAUUUGGUUUCUAGGGUCAUCUGCUCGUUGCAUGAUAAUCCUGUAUUUUGGUCACAUAAACGAGUUUGCUAUCUAUUUCUAGCUUAUCUAUAACUCCAUAGUCAGGCUGAUCAAGCUUUACAAUCACUGAGUUGCGUGACCGAGUGGAUCUUGCUGUGUGCUUUUAGAAGCUUGGAAGUAACAAUGAGUAUUCUUAUUCAGACUUUAUGCCUUGCAUAGUUUUUGUUUAGCUGCAAUGGAUCCUGAAAAUCUGGCAUUGAUGUCAUAGUAUAAUAAUCUUGCUGAAAUCAUAGGAUCAUCGCUUCCACAGGCAUUGUUUUACGAAGUAAUUUGCCCAAACUCAGAACAUUGUUUGAACUGUGGCUCUGCCCUUGUUUGCAACAUGAGUACCAUCCUUAUCCAGCCAUUAUGACUUGUAGAAAUGUUUUUCCAACAUAAGUACCAUUAUGUACACUUCCGACGGUGCAUUGGCUGGACAAUAAAUUUAUGAUCAUUAUGAAUUUUACUUUCUCUGGUCAUACCUGUCAUACUCUCUAUGAAUCUCACAUUUUCUUACUGAAACAACAACAGCAAUAACAUGAUACACUGCUAUGAAAAUUGUAUAGCUGUAAUAUCUAUAGCCUUACGGUGGAACGGGUGGAUGCAUAAUUUACGGUUCAAUUUGUCAAAGUCGGUAGUGGCCAGUGGGCACAAAAAGAAGCACACAUGAUUAUUGCAUGAUUCAAUACUUGCCUGUUUCUUGAUGCAUGCACAUGGAUGGGUAUAAUCAUGCAAUCUUUCAUGUGCAAUUGUGCAGGUGACACCGCAUAACAUCAAUUUAUUUUGGGAAAAAAGUUGCAGUGAUGAAUCAUAAAUGGUUCACAGGGAUGAUCCGCUGUUGCUAUGUGUGUUCAUAGGUACACCCGGUUGCGCUCUACUUUUCAUAGAAUAUGAUCAGUUGCAACAGGGAACAGGCGUUGAGGGCCAGGGAAAUUGCUCUAAAGAAGAUAGAAAGCAAAGAUUUUUUUGGUGCCCAGAAGACUGUGCUUAAAGCUCAAAAGCUUUUUCCAGAGCUGGAGAAUGUGUCUCAGCUGUUAACCAUCUGCAGUGUGCACUGUGCAGCAGAGUUAAGGGUGAAUGGAGAGAUGGACUUCUAUGGAGUCCUUCAAGUGGAGGAAGGUGCUGAUGAAGCCUUGAUAAAAAAGCAGUACCGCAAGCUCGCAGUUUCACUUCACCCUGAUAAAAAUUGUUUUGUGGGUGCUGAGGCAGCUUUCAAGUUGAUUGCUGAAGCUUAUUCUGUACUAUGUGAUCCUGCAAAGCGAAAUGAUUAUGACCUGAAAAGGAGCAAUGUAUUUAGAAAUGUGCCAAAGCUAGCCAAACAGCAACCAUCAAAGUGGACUAAUUCACAUAGACAGAGCAUGCCUGGAUUUAGAGAAACAUUUUGGACUGUAUGCCCAAAUUGUCGGAUCCAAUACCAGUACUACAGCAGUAUCCUGAACAUCAUGGUCCACUGUCUGAACUGUAAAAGGAGUUUUAUUGCAUACAGGCUGAAUCAACAGCCCAUGGCCACUUCAUCAAGUGUACCCAACAACUCCCAAGUUCCUGCAAACAUGUUUGUGAAUAAACAGCGCGACACUCCCAAUCAACAAGGUCACUCUGUGAAGCCUUCAUGUGUCGGUAGAGGCACCAAUGUCAAGCCAAAUGGUUACCAAGACCUUGUUCACAUGUUUCGAAAUCAACAACAUCGCGUUCACAGUCAAAAUGGUCAUCCUGUGAAGCCUUCUGCAGGAAGAGACACAGAUGCAAAGCUGAGAAUGAAUGUGGCCCACCGUGAUGAAUACAUGAAAGGGAAAGGUAAUGACCCGGAGAUGUCGAGGGGGAAAUUUCAAUUUUCAACGCUGAAUGAAGAUAAAUUUUCUGUCCCAAUGGGAAAUGGGGACAUGCAAGGAAGGUCAUCAAUUUCAGCUCUUGCUGAUCCAAACAUUAUUGACACACAGAAAUCAGUUCAGGAAGAUGCGUCUGCAGUGCCAGAUGCUAUGGAUCUGCUUGGCUCUGCAAGGCCUUCUGCAGGUUGGAAAACAUAUGGAGAUUCAAGGAUAAAUGUUGCAGGUAAAAAAUUGAUGCUAGAUCAUGUUGAUCUAAGUAUUAUUGGCAGAAGAAACUUGCAAAGACAAGAUGCAUCUACAGUGCCUUCUAGUGCCGGAUCCUCUGGUACCCAACAGUCAGUUAAGAGGAAAACAUAUGCUGAUGGCAAUAUUUGCCUAAACACGGAUACCAACAAGAGACCAAUGAAGAAUAAAUGUCCAUCUGAUGUUAACAUGAGUUGUAAACAAGUAUGUGAUGAUGGUGUCACCAAUGCUGGCAUACAAUUAGAUCCACUUCAUUUGUCCAGCAAUGUAGACACCCACCACAAGCCAAAAGUUACUGAUCAUCAUGCAAAUAUCAAGGAAAAAGCUACUGAAACUGAUAGUGAUAAGGACAAUAUCAUGGAAGAAGCUCCUCAAACUGUUAGUGAAAAGAAGCCUUCCUACUCUGAGUGUGUCACCUUACCUGAUCUAGAUUUCUUCAAUUUUGAGAAGGUUAAGGAUAUCAAUGUGUUUGAAGUUGGUCAGAUAUGGGCCCUCUAUGAUAACCUUGAUGGCAUGCCAAGAUAUUAUGCUCGUAUAAAGCAUUUUGAUGCCUCGAACUUCGAAAUACAUUCAACUUGGCUGGAGUAUGUUGCAAUGGAUGAAGAUGAGAAGUGGACUGAUGAAGAACUGCCUACUGCUUGUGGAAACUUUCGCCUUGGAAAAGGAACCGAUAUAUUAGAAAAGGAAAUGUUUUCUCACAUUGCUACUUGGACGAAAGGUAAAAAGAGGAAGUCGUAUGUCAUAUAUCCUAACAAGGGUGAGGUAUGGGCUCUUUACAAGGGGUGGAGCAUGGAAUGGUGCUCAGAUGCAGAUAAUCAUAGAUCAUAUGAGUAUGAGGUUGUGGAAGUCGUGUCAAGUAUGUCAGCCAAUGGUGGCGCGACCGUUGUCCCACUGGUCAGGAUUAACGGAUUUGUUAGUUUAUUUGCAACAGCUAAGGACAAACCUUCAUUUGUGAUACCAUCAAGUGAGCUGCUCCGGUUUUCUCACAGCAUUCCUUUUUAUAGGACUAAAGGAAAUGAAAAGGUUGGUGUUCCAAGAGGAUUUCUGGAACUGGACAAUGCAUGUCUCCCUGCUGACCUGGAUGCAGCAUUCCCUUCUCUUACUCUUGAUUCUUACAUGUCUCUCGGCAAGAACGAAAGCAGCACAUUUGUUGAUGUGACCACUGACAAUACAAGUUGUAGGAUGGAUCUGGGAGAUGAUCAAAUUGCUCAAAAAGAGAAUGACCACCCAAUAUCUACAGACAAUCCCAAAGAUAUGUGCCCGGAACAAAAUACACCCUUAAAGGAAACCACUAAUUAUGCCAAAGAGUCUGGUGAUUGCUCUCUUCAAAGCAGCCUCUCCCCCAUCAUAUACACAUAUCCUGAUUCUGAUUUCCACAGAUUUGAAGAAAAUCGCUCCUGCGAGAAGUUUGAACGUGGACAAGUAUGGGCCCUGUACAACAACAUUGAUAAACUCCCCAAGUUCUAUGCCUGGGUAAGAAAAGUCAGGGAAGAGCCGUUUAGAGUCGAGGUGAUCUGGCUCGAGGCCUGCCCCGAACAGGACCAGGAGAAACAGUGGCUGGAGCAGGACAUACCCAUCAGCUGCGGGACAUUCAAGAUCCGAAAAUGGAGAGCCGAGUACGGCACAAACGACACCUUCUCUCAUCAAGUAAAUGCCAGAGAAACCGGCGCAAAGUGGGCGCUCGAAAUCCUCCCGCAGGUCGGCGACAUCUGGGCCGUCUACAUGAACUGGGCACCUGACUGGGUCCCGUGCGGUGCUGACGCCUGCGAGUUCGCUAUCUGCGAGGUCGUCGAGCGCACCGCUGAAGCUAGCACAAAGCUCGCCUUCCUGGCCCAAGUCGGCGGCUACCGGUCCGUGUUCAGGCCUGACGAGCAGAGGGGAGUGUUGGAGGUGCCUGCCACGGAGAGGACGAGGUUCUCCCACCAGAUACCUUAUUUCCGGCUGGCGGGAGAGGGAGGUGGUGGGCUCCGUGGCUUCUACGAGCUUGACCCUGCUUCCGUCCCCGACGCCUUCCUGUAUGGGGACACCUGAUGAUGUGGACUGGCAGACGGUGAAGCAGGUUUCCUAGAUGGUUGAACCGAACCCUGAGUCUGGGUAGCAUUAUGUCUCAAGUGUUAGGCUGUCACUUUAUGUCUCACUGGAACCGUGCGGAUGUAGAUACGGAGGUGCCUGGGGUGGGUGGGUUAUCGUCCUGUACACACUGUGGAAAAGGUCUGUUGUGCUGGUUACAGAGCAUGGCUACCGAUCAAGUUAAUUCUGGAUUACCAGGGUCACGACAAUGUUUAACGUUAGCUUAUGAUAUACUAGUGCGGAGGUGGAGCUGUACCCCGCACCACUUGCACCGUGGAGGCGUGGACUAUGCUUUUACCAUGCAAUUUUGGAGCUGAAACCUGGACAACUCAAGUUUAAUACUGCUAUAUGUAUGGAGUCGUCUGUUACCUGGACAGUUGGAAAUAUGGCCUUUGAAUGCUGUCUGUGUCCCUGUCGUUGGUAGCAUGCACUGGUGAGUGACUACCCUUGUUAUGUUACCUAGCCUGGAUGGAAAUUUACAUUCGCUCCACAGGAUGGUUUGCUGCCCGUGUUAGCUUAUUCUGGAAUCCAGUCUGUGCUCGUCAGAAGGAAUGCAUAUAAAGGGUUCAUGAUAUAGACAAUAGGCCUUCAAAGACCUCAUCAGAAGGAAGAAACUAGGGUUGAAGGCUUCCAUCUAAAAGGUUCAUGAUGCUCAAAAGGAUGGAUGAAUUGGUUUCUCUAAAAAUUCUUGAUAUAAUUAAUAAUUAAGUCAUAAUUGCAAGUCUAACUUCACAUGA